AUGUUACAGAAAAUUUCACGAGACGUUUCACGCAUGAAAUCACUACGUCGAAUCGGUUUCUUUAUUUGUAUUGUUUGUGUACUGGCAUUGACCGAUGCAGCACCAACAUCUAAAGCGGAAGAAAAACUUGUUAUUCGUGGUCGGGUGUUAUUUCCUGAGAAUUCGAGAGUACAAAUUGAACGCGGUGCUAAAGUAACGGUAGAAUUACAAGAUGUGUCUUUACUUGAUGCUCCCGCUAAAGUUAUUGCCAAAGGAACAGAAAAAGCUUCUCGAUUUCCAAUUGCAUUUGCAAUUAAAUAUCUUCCAUCUCAAAUUACCAAAGGUUAUACAUAUUCUAUCAAUGUAGCGAUUCGAAAUAAACAAAACGAACUGUUAUAUAUCAAUGAUGUGCAUAUACCAAUAAUACCUUUGGGCGCUCAACGGACUAAAUUCAUCAGUGUACCAGUUAUUCGUGUGAAAAAGAAUAAACCAACAGCGAACAAAACUCAGUGGCCGGAAUUGGUUGGUCAGAAGGGUGAACAUGCCGUGAAAGUAAUUAAAAAGGAAACAGGUCUUACUAAUGUUGUGACUAUACUCGAAGGUUCACCAGUUACACUGGACUACAGUACAAGUCGUGUUCGAGUGAUCGUUAAUAAUAAAGGAAUUGUUACACACACACCUAUUGUUGGCUGA